UUGAGGUCGUGUAAUGCUUAGUUUUAUGGUGAAUCGGUUUAUAUAGAGAAUUGCGUGUUAAUUUCACUUUAAUCAAUAAGUAGUUGUACUAGCGCAACGUGUAACGAUAACUAUUUUGUUUUUGCACAGUAAAUGUACUUCCGCUUUCGUUGAUUGUUCGACUUAAAACUUGUUAUAGUUGAAAGGUUGUCACAGAGACCAGCUUUUCAAAAGACAAAAAUAUGUCUCUAGCUUCAGAAGACGCUGUUUGUGUGAAGAUAGAGCCCGGAGAGGAGUGUCUGAAACCAGAGUCUGGCGAGAUGUGUGUAAAGACAGAGCCCGUAGAGGUGUCUGUGAAGAUAGAGCCUGUCGAGAUCUGUGUGGAGAUAGUGCCUGAAGAGAUGUGCGGGAUGAUGGAGCCCGGGGAAUCGAGCAUGGAGGAGCGGGAUUGUGAAGACGGGGAGUGGCAUGAAGAGUGUGCGGACACUGAAGCCGGGAUGUACACUGACUAUGAGAAUGAGUAUGCGCUGUGCCCUGAGGAGUGGGACCAAGCAGGCACAUUACAAGUGUGUUCGGACGGCAGCGCUGGAGAACAAAGCGGUCAGGAAUCCCACACAACACAACACUCGAUGACACACUCUGAAGACAAGCCAUUUAAAUGUAGCUACUGCGAAUACACGUGCAAGCGUAAAGAAAACUUAAUAACACAUCGGAGAAUGCACACUGGCGAAAAGCCAUACAAGUGUGUUUUUUGCGACUUCAAGUGCACUCAGAAAAAUAACUUAAGGAAUCAUGAAAGGACUCACACUGGGGACAAACCUUUCCAGUGUCGCCACUGUGGUUACAAAUGCAGUCGGAAAUCACACCUAGACAUGCACAUGAUGAUACACACUGACUCAAAGCCAUUUAAAUGUAGCGAAUGCGACUACAGGUGCAGGCAGAUGGGAACCUUACGAGUUCACCAAAGAGUACACACUGAUGAGAAGCCGUACAGUUGUAGUCAUUGCGACUACAAGUGCAGAGACAGUUCAACGUUACGAGAUCACGAAAGGACACAUACUGGCGAAAAGCCCUUUGAGUGCAGCCUUUGUGAUUACAAAUGCUGUGACAAAUCAAACUUACGGAAGCACAAUUUGAAACACACUGGUGAGAAGCCUUUCAGUUGUGACUCCUGUGAUUACAAAUGCAGUGUUAAAUCUUACUUGAAAAGGCAUCAGAUGAAACACACCGGAGAGAAACCUUACAAGUGUAGUCAUUGCGACUACAAGUGCAUAACUAGUUCGGACUUAAGAAAUCAUGAAAGGACACAUACUGGCGAUAAGCCUUUUCAGUGUACCCAGUGCGAGUACAAAUGCAGUAAUAAAACGAGUCUACGGAAACAUGUGAUGAUACAUAAUGAAGUGAGGCCAUUCAGUUGUAGCCAGUGCGACUAUACAUGCAAUAGGAAAUCAAGCCUUCAACGACACCAGAUGAAGCAUACUACAUAAUAUAGCAAAGUCAAUGUGUGGCCUCAGUGAUCGCAAGUGUCGUCAGUCUAUAUCUAUAAUAUGCCAACUUGCGAGAUUGCAGAACUAUAGAAAACUAGCUUUUGCUCGCGUUAAAUUGGACAACAGGCUACUUGACCCUUUUUUAAAGUCUAUCUUAUAUUAUUAAUUACUGUCC